CGAGAGUUUUAUCACUUAAUUCACAUAAAAACAAGUGUAAUAAAUGUAUUGUGAGUGUACUAAUUAUGCGUAUUACGUAGGUACCUACAUUGAACAAAAAAUUUCCGAGUUCUGUGUGAAUAAUUCUUAGUUUGGAAGUUGCUUUUAAUUAAUUAAAACGUAUAUUAGUUCAAACUACAAAAUGCCUUUAAAAGGUUUAAAAGUUCUACCUAAUCCAGUGUUCUCAGAGCUGCCACAGAACUACAGAUUGUCGGAGGAACAAAAAUCAUUCUAUUGGGAGAAUGGGUAUCUAGUAAUCAAGGAAUUAAUUGAUUUCACUUCAUUAUAUAGUUACAAACAGCGCUUUCUGCAAAUAUGCAAAGGAAUAGUUGACAGCCCUGUUAUGAUUGUCAAAGAACAGGCACUUUUUGAGAAGAACUUAAAACCUGAAGAAUACAUUAAUAAGCUCCAAGAAAUCUUAUAUGAUGAUGUGUUCAUGACCUAUGGUGAACAUCCCAGGCUAUUGGAUGUGAUCUCGCAGUUUAUUGGUGAUGACAUAACGGCUAUUCACAGCAUGUUCAUCAACAAACCCCCAGGUACCGCCAGACAUCCGCCGCACCAGGAUUUAUUUUAUUUCCCGAUCAGACCUGUGGAUAAGAUCAUAGGCUCAUGGACUGCCGUGGACCAUGUCAAUAAGGAUAAUGGCUGUCUGUAUGUCAUUCCAAAGUCUCAUAAGCAAGAUAUUUUAUACCCCCAUGGUGAUGUGCCGGAGGCCGGUAAACUGUACCACGGGAUUUUGAACGAAGAGACGCUCGCCCCGGAGCACGCCCGUGUCUCUGUGGACAUGGCCCCCGGGGACACCGUGCUGCUGCACCCGCGCCUGCUCCACGGCUCCGGACCCAACCGCACCCAGCGGCACCGGAAGGCGAUCACGGUGCACUUCGCGAGCAGCGCGUGCGAGUACGUGGACGUGCGCGGCUCCGUGCAGGAGCGCCUCGCCGCCGACGUGCAGGCCGCCGCCACCCGCCGGGGACUCCGAGUCAGCUAUCAGGACAUCUGGAGAUACAAAAGUAAACAAGUCAAAGGUGUGAGAUCGAAUUUGUAAGCAAUACAUUAAGAAAUUUAUAUUUUUAUACGAAAGAGAUUAUUUUGGACUUGCUAGUUGUAUUAAAGCUCCAUCUAUCGUAUCGCAGACAUCUUGUGAGCACGUAACAUCAGGUAGACCGCGAGAUCGUCUGCCGCG